GGAUUGAGCGGGGGAUGUUUGGGAGGGAAGGCUUUUCGCCUUUAAAGGUCGGGAGUACCGGAGAGCGUGGGCGCAAUACUGUAGCGGGCGUGGCCAGUCCGAGUCCCGGGAGGCGGGGCGCGCGAGGCCACGCCCACGUCCAUCUGUCCCGCGCUUUCUGGAGCUUGGCUUGGCGUUCGCUGCAAAAUUGCGUGGAAGAAUCACCGAAUGAAUGGCCCUCAUACUGGAAUGGGGGCCUCGGGUCCCCGCGGGGCUCCAGAUCUCUCAGACUCGCCCCGCAGCGAGCAACGCUCCCAGCUAUUUGCGCCCGAGGCGGGGCGCUGGGCUCCCUCGGCCCCAGGUGCCCCGAACCUCUUGGCGGCGGAAUCGAGCCGCAGGCAGGGCGGCGCCCAGGAGGACCGCGAGGUGGGGGAGAAUGCGGACUGUGAUUCCUGGGUCCGAGAUAAAGUGCUCUUUCUUUUGCACCCGGAGAGGUGGUUGGGGACUAAGAGGGACGCCGCGCCGGAAGAAGUGGCCGAUGAGGAGGACCUUUUCAAAGCGCAAGGACAAGACCGGGAACCCAACUGCUCUUCUCCUCUCUUUCCACGGAAAAUUCGAAUUUCUGGCAGCCGUGUAGACGCUCCCUCUCGAGCUCCCAAACCCCUGCUCGUGCGGGUCUUGGAUUAUGAGGUGACACAAGAAGUCCUGGAGGUCGCAUGGGCGAAGGGUAGCAUGACCACGCUGACAGAGGAGCGCUCCAUGACCGCGGUCACUUUCCGCACCAACAGGGAGUGAGACGCGUUGCGGGGCGUCAGGAUCCCUGGAGAACCCCGCGCUCUCGGCACAAAGAGAAGCACCCGUGUCCACGCAGAGAGGAUCGUUUCACGAACCUGAUACCCGGACAAGGUUCAGUGGGCUAGAGGAGCCCGAGGAAUGUUCGGGUAAGGUGAAGCAGCGCUUAUCAAGAAAAUGCGCUUCCGGAAACUCCAUCCUGUGAUUAACAAAACAGCAAGAACAUUUUAAGAGUCUGGCCGUGCUCUCCAGGAAGGCACAGGGCACCCAAUGAAGACUGAACUGUAAGCAACAAAUACCUCCUUAAAUACUGUGCGGUCUGCGGACCUUAGAAGAGAGAAAGAUAUAUUUUCAAAUUUGUAGAACGCGGGAAUUUUAAAAUAAGAAAAUCUAUUGUUAAUUCUUAUUUUGCAAUUCCUUUUCAUUGGUCACUUUUCUGCCUCCGCCCCCUUUCUCUGUGAGACCUGAAAACGGAAGGGAAGUUUGAGGUUGGCUCUCUGCCAACGGGUGGAGGUGGGACUAUCUGGGAGAGAGGUUUGUUUUAAAACUGAAAUAGAAAGUAAAAAGAAAUGGGAAAAUAAAAUGAAAAACAAAGCAGUCAGUAAACAAAAUCUCUUUUUGUUACUCUUCUGAUGUGCACAUCUUUCUACUUGUUUUCUUUUUUUUCACAUAUAAGUGUUAGGGCUUCCUCUAUGCAGGAGACCAGAGGUCGAUCCCUGGAUCGGGACGAUCUCUUGGAGAAGGAAAUGGCAACCCACUCUAGUAUUCUUGCUUGGAGAAUCCCAGGACAGAGGAGCCUGGCGGGCUGCAAUCCAUGGGGUCGCAAAGAGUCAAACACGACUGAGCGACUAACACAAGUGUUGAGAAGAAAAGAGGCUCUAGGAAAAGAAGGGGGGAAAACGGAAGGCAGAACUUUGAAAGUGAAAUGCCAUUUAAAAAGACUUAACCCCAAACUUCCCUGGUGGCUCAGACCGUAAAGCGUCUGUCUACAAUGCGGGAGACCGGGCUUUGAUCCCUCGGUCGGGAAAAUCCGCUGGAGAAGGAAAUGGCAAUCCACUCCAGUACUAUUGCCUGGAAAAUCCCAUGGACAGAGAAGCCUGGUAGGCUACAGCCCAUGGGGUCACAAAGAGUCGGACACGAUUGAGCGAUUUCACUUCACUUCACUUUUAACCCCAAAGUAUCUAAUUUAGUUCAGUAAAAAUGCCAUUAAUAUGAAAAAUUUAGUUAUUUUAAUGUUUGGAAUACUGCAGAUAAAGGUAGAUAGAAAUGUAUAAUUUGCCAUAAAAUGACUAUAUCUUACUCAGAGUUUCUUAUUAAGAUUUGUAGUCGAGACCAAAUCAAAAAUACAUGUCUCUUGAUGCUGUUGGGGAAAAAAAUUUCUUUUGAUGCUAUUGAAACAAGUCAUUAUUAUUAUUAUUAUUUUUAAAAUUUUUUUGUUAAACACCAUCUUUAUUAACUCUAGUAGUGGGGCCUGGUUUGAAGGUGUGUGAGGAGCAAGGCACCCCCUCUAGAGAUGAUCUGAUGAACUGAAGGAGUAUCUGGUUACUGCAGGAAUUAAUGAAACAAAUGGGGACUCUGACUCUUGAGGAGUAAACUAUUGAACAUGGCCCCCUCCCAGACUCCUCUUUUGCCCCUUAUUUUCAAUUUAGAGCUUGACAGACCCUCAGAUGUGGUCUGAUCCACCUUUUGCCAGACAAGACAGGUGUUCCUGAUCCCUGAGCAGAACCCUGUCAUGGACAGAAGCUGAGGAAUCUCCCAGUUAACAGUGUCCUGGGAGUGAAGCCAGACAGAAGCUUGGGCAUCCUCAAUGCCAACUUGACUUAAAGCCAAGUCUCUGAGAAUGACUGGGUCUUGGAUCUUUGGUCUUACUUCCACCUCACCAAAAAUGGAUCAUCUACAGCUGUCUUAUGUGGAUGAAUCACAGCAACGACUUCGGAAGCCAGCUGACCACUCAAGUGGCCAAAGACAUACGACAGCCACGUAACUGCCAUUGAUCAAGCAAGUGUCAGCCUGUUUUAACCUUUGUCCACAGCCUCCGUCAACUUUGAGAGUCAUUACAUUCCACUUGCUGAUCUUAUUCUUGUUGGUCGUCACUAGCUCUUGUGUGCCUUUUUGCUUAAAAAAAAAGAGAGAAAGGAUAAAGAGAAAAAGCUCUCCGUCAACAGAAAAAGUUACUUUCAUUGCAAAAAAACUUAAGGAAAUGUUAGUUUGUGAGGAAAAAGAAACAUGAAAUAAAACAAAAACUCACCUGUGACCCCAGAUCUCUUUUAAUAUUUGGUAUGUUUCCAGUCUGGUUUUAUGUAUUUGGUUUUUUAAUGUAUGUAUAUAUGUGCAUAUAAAUAUACAACUUUUCUGAGCAUAAACUAUA